AUGUCGACUUUCCGUCACCGCCGCUCGGCAGUUGCGUGUCAAAAUUGUCGUCGGCGCAAAGUCCGUUGCAGCGUCCAAGUGACGGGGAUUCCGUGCAUCAACUGCUCCCAGGACAGUGUCGGCUGUGUCCUCCUAGAGAGCAACCGUAACAGUCGGCACAAGCAAUCGCCUGGUAUCCGCCAUAAUCACCCGUCUCAUGCACCUAUUCAAUUUGAACUUAACCGCUCAAUAACCACAUCCAGGACAGUGCCACAACCACUGCCACAGGCCUCGGCAGAACAGGGGUCCAACUCUAUAACAUCUUAUGCCCCUCGGAAUAGUGACUCCAGCAAGGCUGUAGAUGAUGGCGGCCUUGCUGCCAGCACUGAUAGCCGUGGCAGCCCAGACGACCAGCGCAUUGGGGCCGAGAUUUCCUCAGCAGCCUUAGGGCAGAGUAACCAGGCUGCCAGGGCACCUUUUUACACAGGAGAGGCGCCAGGAUUCACGUCCGUUCUUGAUGCGUGUUCGCCAUCACAACCUGUCGCAAGGCAUAUUCUCAUCUCGGAAGCAUCCAUUUCAUUGUCUGCGCAGGAUCGUGAGUAUCUGCAGUACAAGGGCGUUUUUACCCUGCCUCAGAAAAGCACCUGCAAUGAACUUCUCCGCGCCUAUUUUCACCAUGUGCAUCCCAUGAUGCCGAUAGUUGAUGCUACAGUGCUUCUCAAAUUCCAUGAAACAGGCAAAGCUAGUGAAUGGAAUUUGCUGUUGCUGUGGAGUAUGUUCUUUGUGGCAGUGAAUUUUGUCGAUGCCCAUGUCUGGACACUCGAGGGCUACUCCUCCCGUAAGGAGAUGAAGGCUGCCAUGUACUCUCGUGCAAAGUGUUUGUACGACAAUGGUGGCGAGACGGACAAAGUCGUCCUACUGCAAUCGGCUCUCCUCAUGGGAUUCUGGCACUCAAAAUGGGACGGACACUCACAGCCGUGGUAUUGGAUAGGCGUUGCGAUUAGUCUCUGUCAAAUGCUCGGUCUACACCGGGACCCAGAUUCGGUCAAGUACAACACUUCCCUUCCUAACCACCAGCGACAUCUCUGGCGUCGUCUCUGGUGGAGUUGUUUCUUCCGAGAUCGUUCGUUGAGCCUGACACUUGGGAGGCCGCUAAGAAUUAACCUCAACGACUGCAACACUCCUAUGGUCUCGUCCGAGGAUGUGCUGAGCGACCUUGCAGAAAUACCAACUUCAAUUGCCAACGGAUAUAUUCCGGACGACUUUGCUCAGCUAGCUCAAUAUUGGAUUACUCUAAUCCAGUUGAGUAAACUUCUCGGCGACGUUCUCACUUUGUGUUACCAGCCCUUCGGCCCCAAUCCCACGCUCCGGCAGAUUGAACUUCUUGAAUCAAAGUUAUUGCAAAUGCAGAUUCCGGAACGAUAUGCAGCUGAACAAAGUCGCCUUGCAUCCUUCUAUCUGUAUCAUUUACAGUUACAUUAUCACGCGAUUUUGAUCACAUUUUAUUGCCCGUACAUUGCGAAGGCCCCAGAAGACCUAUCGCCGGCCAUUAAGAACGAAUGGCAAGCUGAGAUGCGGAACAAGAUGGACUCUGCAGCUGUCCGAUCCAAUGCCAUUGUUGAUAACAUUGUUCGGGAUAAGCUUCUCCGGUUUGCCUGCCCAAUGACUCCUUCGCUUUUAGUAUCGGCCAUGCAUGUACAUCUUCUCAAUUGUAAAUCGACAGAUGCCCUCUCUCGACGUCUCAGUCUCAACAAGCUGGAGCUUUGCAUGAUGGUCAUGGAAGAGCUGGAGGAGGUAUAUACAUCAGCUUCCGUGUAUCGAGGCGUUUUCUUGGAAGCAAUACGUCAAUUGUAUCCCAACUAUUCUGCCAGCGCGGCUGGAGGUUCUUCGACUGUUGAAGGAGUCUCUCUGCCUCGUGCGGCUCCCGCGGAUGACUCGGCCACCCUGCCCAUCAUCAACGAUGAUAUUCUUACCAACCUUUUGGAUGAAGCAUCAUGCUUCAACUUUUGGGAGUCUUUUAGUGAUAUUCAGCUGGAGCCUCUGGAACCGAGCCUAUGA